CUCUCUUCCACAGACAGUCCCUUUGCACAGAAGCGAAUUGACUAUACAUUUACUCUCUCGAUCUGUCUUAGGCUACCUUUUUGCUCCUCUCCCAAAAGCUCAUUUUUGAAAGGUUUUUUUUUCUUUGAAGAAUUGUCUGGAGCGUAUUCCAGUGAUGAUGAUGAUGAUGUGGUACUGAGAAGGAGGUUGGAACUGGAUCGUCUCAAAGCGUUUCAAUCAUGAGCAAGGAGAAUGAUGUUUCUGGCAACACCAUACCGCUCCAUGAUCGCCCUCUCACUCGUGCUUACACUAAGCUGAUAACAUCCUCAGAAGUGGCUGCUACAACACAGAGUCUAGGACAUGUCGUUAGAGCAAACACAAAGAGAGCAGCCUUGGAUGAGAAGAACGCCAAUGCACCUAAGAAGCGAGCUGUUCUUAAGGAUAUCACAAACGAGAAUCCACCAAAGUUAGAGAACAUCAAGCAGAUAGAGAAGGUGACAUGUUCUGCUGUAUCCACUGUGGCAAGUACUCUGAAAGUCAUUGACAUUGAUUCAGAUCACGAAGAUCCUCUACUCUGUAGUCUUUACGCACCUGAAAUCUACCACAACAUGCGUGUUGCAGAGCUUCAACGCAGACCAUUUCCUGAUUAUAUGAAAAGGACACAAAGAGAUGUGACUCAGACAAUGAGAGGAAUACUAGUUGAUUGGCUUGUAGAGGUCUCUGAGGAAUACAAACUUGUACCGGACACUCUCUACCUCACAGUGUAUCUCAUAGAUUGGUUUCUCCAUGGGAACUACAUUGAAAAAGAGAGGCUUCAACUGCUCGGCGUCACUUGUAUGUUAAUUGCUUCAAAAUACGAGGAGAUCUUUGCGCCAGGCAUUGAGGAGUUCUGCUUCAUAACUGAUAGCACUUACACAAAGGAUCAGGUCUUGGAGAUGGAGAGCCAAGUACUAAAGCACUUUAGCUUCCAGAUUUACACACCCACUUCAAAAACAUUCCUCAGGAGGUUUCUGCGAGCAGCUCUUGCUUCUGAUCUGCAGAAACCAAGUGUCGAGAUGGAGUUUCUGGCGAACUAUCUCAUGGAACUGACUUUAUUAGACUAUGAGUUCUUGAAGUUCCUUCCUUCGGUCAUCGCUGCUUCUGCUGUUUUUCUUGCUAAGUGGACACUGAACCAAUCAAGCCAUCCUUGGAAUCCAACUCUUGAGCAUUACACAACGUUCAAAGCCUCAGACCUCAAAGCAUCUGUUCACGCCUUGCAAGAUCUGCAGCUUAACACCAAAGGGUGCUCCUUAACCUCUAUACGUGUGAAGUACAAGCAAGAGAAGUUUAAAUCCGUGGCGGUUUUAUCUUCUCCGGAGCUACCUGACAAGCUAUUCUGAAUAGAGACUAAACCGAGCGGUUCAACUCCUAACCGACGAAUAUGCAACUUAGAAACGGAUGUGGAUUGAUUGGCCCUCCCUCAUUUAUCUGUUUAUCUUUUUUUGUAACAUCCUUCAUUUAUCUGUUAUUCUAUUAAAUAAAACGGUAACUUUUUCACGGUCUGGAUUUUAUUUAAUAUCCAGUAACCGGAUUAGUUAGUGUUGUUCGUUUAUUCCGGUUUAGUGUAGACUUGUUUGGUUUUUUGAAACCGAUAUUAUAUUAAUCGUACCGAUGUACUGGCC